AUGUCUGCCAGCAGAAAAAUAAAAGAAGAGGAGGAAGCCCCCCCUCCUGGUCCUUCCACUGUUGCCAUGGAAACGAUGAUGUCACUGAGGAGGCAGGAUCUGGUCUGCAUCGUGUGCUUCGGCAGCUAUGACCUCAUCACGCGGUUACCACGGCGACUGCACUGUGGCCAUGCCUUCUGCCAGGCAUGUUUAAAGAGGCUGGACACGGUCAUCAACGAUCAGGUGUGGAUCCCCUGCCCUCAGUGCAGACAGAACACCCCCCGGCCCAGAGGAGGUGCAGCGGGUCUAGACCUGGACUUGGCCUCCUUCCUGGGGGUGAAGGCCCAGCAGACCUGUGCCUCCUCCUGGAGCCCCGGCAGCAGGGGGGGGGCGGGCGCGGCCCCCGACGGGAAGCUGUGGCUGGGGAAGGAAGUCGCUGAUGACGGCUGGUCACACGGAGGUCUGGCUGAGCCGCGCUUCCAUCGCUAUGGCAACUGCUGCCCACCGCCGUCCUAUUGGCUGUGCUGCUGGUUCUGCUGUCCGGGGCGGGGCUAA